AUAAAGAAAAUAAAUUCAUUCUUCUUCCGCCCUCUCUCUCUCUCUCUCCCAAAACACUCUCAUUUCUCGCUCUAAACGCUCUCACUUUCUCGCUAAAUAUCGUAAUCUCAUCUCUUCCGCUGAUAAUUCUUCAUAAAUUUCUAAUCUGAAGCUUUCUGCAAUGCCGUGAAUUGAAUUUGUUGGAGAGUGCCUUGGUUAUUGGUUUAGCUGAUAAUGGGGCCGGCAAGAAAAUCUAGAAGUUUGAGUAAGCGACAUGUUAGCGAAGUUUCUCCCAGCAAAGAUGGUGAUGGUGCUAAAAGAAGCAAUAUCCGGAAAAGAAAGUUGUCUGACAUGCUUGGGCCCCGAUGGACCAUGGAAGAGCUGGCUCGGUUUUAUGAUGCUUACCGUAAGUAUGGUAAAGAUUGGAAAAAGGUGGCUGGUGCUGUGAGAAAUCGAUCUGCAGAAAUGGUGGAGGCCCUUUACAUGAUGAAUAGGGCAUACUUGUCUCUUCCACAUGGAACUGCUUCUGCAGCGGGGCUGAUUGCUAUGAUGACUGAUCAUUACAGCAAUUUGGCAGGAAGUGACAGUGACCAAGAAAGCAAUGAUGGAGCAGGAUCAUCUCGAAAGACUCAGAAGCGUGCUCGUGGCAAAGUCCAGCCUACAACCUCUAAAGCAACUGAUGAGCAACUUGUUUCGCAUUCCCAGAGCGUCGCAUCAAAUUAUGGUUGCCUUUCAUUGUUAAAGAAGAAACGGUCUGGAGGAAGCCGACCUUGUCCUGUUGGGAAAAGGACGCCAAGGUUCCCCGUCUCAUUUUCAUAUGAAAAUAUUAAUGGGGAAGGAUAUGUUUCUCCUACCAGACAAGGCAUGAAGUUAAAGGCUAGUGGCAAUGAUGAUGAAGUCGCUCAUGAGAUAGCCAUAGCUUUGGCAGAGGCAUCACAAAAAGGUGGUUCCCCCCAGGUUUCUCGAACACCAGGUAGAAGAGCUGAAAGUGUUACAUCAUCACCUUUCAGGAAUGCUCAAAGAAAGCAUUCCCUGGUAGAAAUGCCCAAUACCAAGAUCUUAGAUGCUGACAUGGAUGAAGAAGAUUUAGAAGGAAGCACGGAGGGCGACAUUGGUGAGUUGUCUGGAUGUAACCCUUCCAUGAAGGAUUCUAUAAGUACUGGUGCAGUGAGAAAGAAGGUGAGAAAACUUGAAGGGAAGAAGUUUGACGUCGAUAAUAAUAGUGAGAAUCAUUUGGAUGACAUCAAGGAAGAAUGUAGUGGAACAGAAGAAGGUCAAAGGUUUAGUGCAACACAAGGCAAGCUUGAUGCGGAGGUCACCAACACUCAGAUUUCUAGGUCCUUCAUGCAGAAUCAGGGAAAGAAAAGCAAAAAAGUUCUUUUCAGAAGAGAUGAAGCUCCUGCUUUUGAAGCCCUGCAAACUCUGGCUGAUUUGUCAUUGAUGAUGCCAACAGAAAACGAAGAUGAUCCAAUCCUUCAGUUUAAAGAUGAAGAUGAAGAUUGUCCUAAUGAGUUGGUCUCAUCAGAAAAUCUGCCACUGAACCUGCAAAAAGAAAAACGUAGAAACUUGGGGGUUAAAAUGAAAGGCCAUCAGCCAAUAUCAAGUUGUGAAGUUGCUUCAAGUAAAACAUCAAAACCUGGAAAAGCUCCAGUUCUUGAGGUAAGUUCCAUUCCUGAAGAAAACCAGGACCCUCAUCAGUCUAUCAGCAAAACAACAAGAAAAAAACAGAAGAUGCAAAUGCCUAAGAUUCGAAAAACAGAAGCUCAUUCAGAUAUUCAUCUUAGUGAAUCUCCUGGGGUAGAGGCUGGAGAUGCAGGGAAGAAAUUAAUGAUUAACAGUAAGAAAUCUUCACAAAGUGGUUCACCAAACUUGAUGAAGAAUUCGGAAAAUUCUUCCACUGUUGAUCUACGAAAAGAAGCGAGUGACUCAGCUCAAUCAGCUGUACGGCUUCCUGUGGUUAACCAGGUUAAUCUACCUACUAAAGUUAGGAGCAGAAGAAAGAUGCACCUAAAAAAACCACAAGCUCAAAAAGAUUUGAAAUUCCUGGAUAAAAUCUCAGAUGAUCACAGCAAUCCACCAUUUUCUUCACUCCAUGACAGAGCAUUUAAUUUAAAGAAAAAGCUUUCCAAUUGCUUGUGGAAUCCUCAUCUAAGGAGAUGGUGCACUUAUGAAUGGUUCUACAGUGCCAUCGAUUAUCCUUGGUUUGCAAAAAGGGAGUUCGUUGAAUAUCUGUAUCAUGUUGGACUGGGUCAUGUGCCAAGAUUAACUCGUGUAGAGUGGGGUGUCAUAAGAAGUUCUCUUGGUAAACCACGCCGAUUUUCAGAGCAGUUCCUGAAGGAAGAAAAGGAGAAGCUUAAUCAGUAUCGAGAUUCUGUUAGAAAACAUUAUACAGAGCUUCGUGAAGGUGUUCGGGAAGGACUGCCAACAGACCUGGCUAGGCCUUUAUCAGUUGGACAGCGUGUCAUUGCCAUUCAUCCAAAAACAAGAGAGGUUCAUGAUGGAAGUGUGCUGACAGUUGAUCACUCUAGGUGUCGGGUUCAAUUUGACCGUCAUGAGCUAGGCGUUGAAUUUGUCAUGGAUAUUGACUGCAUGCCUUUGAAUCCUUUUGAGAACAUGCCUGCAUUACUUGGUGCACAACCAAUUGCUGUUGAUAAGUUUUUCGAAAAUUUCAAUGAGCUGAAAAUAAAUGGACGAGCUCAAGAUUUCAUGAAGCUUUACUCUGGUGACAAUGUGGAUAACGCUGACGGUAUCUCUGACUUGUCUCCUUUAGCUAAUCGGGCAAGUUCUUCAAAUCUGACAAAGGUAGCCUCUGCCAAUAAUAAUAUGCAAACGAGGAUCGGGUCUGCUGAGACUGCAGGUUACCAACAGACAUCAUAUUCUCAGCCUGCUACACUGGCUCAGAUCCAGGCAAAGGAAGCUGAUGUUCAAGCUCUUGCUGAGCUGACUCGUGCUCUUGAUAAAAAGGAAGCUAUUGUUCUGGAGUUGAGGCAAAUGAACAACGAUGUGUUGGAAACUCAGAAAGAUGGUGGUAGCUCCCUGAAGGACUCUGAGCCAUUUAAGAAGCAAUAUGCUGCCGUACUUGUACAAUUGAAUGAAGCCAAUGAACAGGUUUCUUCUGCUUUAUAUUGCUUGAGACAACGGAACACAUAUCAAGGAAACACUCCGCUUGCCUGGCCUAGACCAGGUACCAAUCUUGCAGAUUCAGGUGGCGAAUUAAGUUCUUUUGACCGUUCUGCAUGUCAAAAUCAUGAUUCAGGAUCACAUGCAAAUGAAAUCAUCGAUAGUUCGAGAACAAAAGCCCAGGCUAUGGUAGAUGCAGCCGUGCAGGCAAUGUCAUCACUGAAGAGUAGGGAGCACACCAUUGAGAAAAUUGAGGAAGCCAUAGAUUAUGUAAACGACCAGCUUCCAUCUGAUGAUUCCAGCACAGCCGUGGUACCUGAUCCUAAACCCACGACUCCAUCCAACAUUAAGUCACAUAUUCCUUCAGAGCUGAUCUCUAAAUGUGUUGCAACUUUGCUUAUGAUUCAGAAGUGUACUGAAAGGCAGUUCCCUCCAUCAGAUGUCGCACAGAUACUAGAUUCUGCCGUCACAAGCUUGCAGCCUCGCAGUCCACAAAACCUCGCUGUUUAUACUGAAAUACAGAAGUGCAUGGGGAUCAUCAGGAACCAGAUAAUGGCACUAAUACCUACAUAAAUGAAUCCUGACCAUCUAUCUUCACUUGUUUGUAAAUAAGCUUAGGUUUCAUGAUUCAUUUCUCAGCUAGUUUUCUGACUGGUAAAAAUUGAAUGUGGACGGGAAACUGCUUAUUGACUCUUUAAGCAGUUGUGUUUGACUUGACUGCCUGCAGUUCAUAUAGCUUUCUUGGGGAAAAUUUUGCCUUAAGAAACACUACUAUUUUUACUCUGUUAUGUGCUAAUUGAAUUCAAUGAAUGACCAUACUUCAAUUUAUGGUUAACUACUUUUUCUUUCUC